AUGUUUGGUCAGCACGGCUUCAAUAACACUUCAAGUCCGUUUGGGGGAUCAGCUGCUUCGAAUCCAUUUGGAGGAUCAGCUGCCCCGAGUUCGUUAGGGGGAUCAACCGCCCCAAAUCCGUUUGGAAGCAACUCAGCAUCUCCAUUUAGCACUCAGAAUCCGGUCGCAUCUUCGUUUGGCCAAGCAGCAUCUCCAUUUGGCCAAUCCGGAUUUGGUCAACAUGGUUUUGGACAGUCCGGGCAGUCUGGUCCAACUGGACAGGCCGGUCAAAAUCCAUUUGGCUCCUCGGCAUUCAAUAAAUCCGCUUUUGGGAACUUUGCUCAAUCUACAACCCAGUCAACUUCACCAUUUGCUACAUUGAUGUCUCAAUCCAACGGAAAGUCUACACCUACGGCGUCUACGGCAUUCGGUUCGAAUGCGUUUCAAAGCACGGGGGGUGCUGCCUUUGGGGGCUCAGGAGGCGCCUCUAAGUCUGCUUUUGGAGCAUCAAGCUCUCCGUUUGGGGCAGCUACGUCUACCGGUGGUGCUCAGCCUGCGUUUGGAGCGUCAAGCUCUCCGUUUGGGACAGCUACGUCCGCUGGUGGUGAUCGGCCUACGUUUGGAGCGUCAAGCUCUCCGUUUGGCGCAGCUACGUCCGCUGGUGGUGCUCAGCCCGCUUUUGGAGCGUCAAGCUCUCCGUUUGGGGCAGCUACGUCUACCGGUGGUGCUCAGCCCGCUUUUGGAGCGUCAAGCUCUCCGUUUGGGGCAGCCACGUCCACUGGUGGUGCUCAGCCUGCCUUUGGAGCAUCAAGCUCUCCAUCUGGCACUUUCAAACAAGCACCUGUCGAUGACCCACCUACUGAAAAGAACUCCCUCUCUCAAGAGAUCCUCAACUACUUUAAAGCAGACUCCUUUCAACUUGGUAAGGUACCCGAUAUUCCUCCUCCUCUAGAAAUGUGCUGA